AUGGAUCCAGAAGAAUAUCAGCCAGAGCACCCUAAUAGCUAUGCAGAAGCUAUUUUAGCUCCGAAAAUAGAAAAAGAUAUAGAAAAGAAACCAGACUUUGGGGAGAAAUCAAAAGUUAUCGUCCUUUUUAAUAUGGCUGAUGAGGUAGAUAAGGCUCCAUGUCAAAUGACCUUGAAUUUUUGACAGUGUACAUUUCAUCGAAAUCCAUUUGGUCGAAAUUUUUGAUAAUGCGGACAUUUGCCGAAAAAUUCGUUUUUUUUUUUUCGGUCAAAUGUCUCACAACCAAAAAUUUUCGAUCAAUUUUCGGCCAAAAAUUUUUCUAUGAAAUGGACACUGUCAAAAAGGACCUGCGCCCGGUAGAUGAAUCUCUAGAAGAAGAUCUAAUGGAAGAUGUAAUGGAAGAAUCACAGCGCUUUGGGAUUGUACAGGACUCUACUAUUUUUGAAGAGCCUGAUAAAGCUCAAAAAGUGCAGGUUUAUAUUAAAUUCUUGACAACUGAUGCAGCUGAGAAGUGCUUGAACGCUAUGAACGGGAGAUUUUAUUCCGGAAGACAAAUUUCUGCUAAAUAUUAUUCAGAAGAAAAAUUCGACCAAAAUUCAUUGGGGAAUUUUUAA